GUGAAACUACAAACAACUACCCCAAAGCCACGUCAAGAUGUUUACAAAUUGCUAAGAACACUGAAUUUGACUGAAGAGGAAACCGAUGAUUUCGUGAGCCACGUUGAAAAGGUAGUCCGUGAAGAACUGGUGAGGAAACUGGCGGAAACAAGGCUUAGUGCUCUGAACAACACGCGUGCACAUGACAACAACAAGACAACGUCCUUGUCGCCGAACAUUACUGUUGAAGCCACAACCGUAGCAGCUCAAAGAGAAGUGUUAGAUCGAGUAGAACCACCUUUGAGACGCACAAAAACGGACAAGGAGCUACUACUAUAUUUGCCUCGGAAGAAGGCCGAAACUGAAAUCAAGCAUCAUCCACCACGAGUUGAGGAGAAAGCCUCUGAGGACAAAACAGAUUCCGUCGAAGCCGAAAUUCUCACAUCUCAAAUGCAUAUUCCAAUCGAGGAAAAGCUGGUUGACGACAAAGGCGAAGACGAUUUCAGUUCGGAGGAGAGUGCCAAGAUUGAGGAAACGAUUCGUACCACGACGACUGAAACAACGAGCACGACGACUGUGGUUUCUCCAAAACCGCCUACAUCACAACCGACGAGGGCGCCGCCUACUCUUCGCAUCUGGGACGGCGUCAAUGGCAAUGCCGCUUAUGCUUCAGCCGAAAACACCCGCGCAGAGCGCAGCGGGUCUUACGGUGGAGCUGAUGCUGAUUUGUUGGGCAUAGGACUUGCCACCGGUGCUCCAUUAGACCUCGAAAAUGAAGGCGGUAGAGUAGUCCCUUACAGGAUACGAAAUAUUCCAAGAGCUUCGUCGCCGGAUUUGCCACCCGUAGCUGCAGUCCACAAUCAGCCACACGCUCGAAUGAAGAAUACAGUGAAGCCGAAGACGGCAUUCGAAAGGCUGGCAGUCGACUAUAAGGAGCGGUUGACAGGUGCAGGUGAUAUGGACAAAAUACUGAAGACGCUCUACUCAAAUGCCUACAUUGCGUUGGUUGACGCGAAGGAGGCACCAAACGUCCGCCUUCCCCUGAAUAUAAGACGAGCAGAGCUCCAAUACGCUCAACGGUUGCAAUAA